CGGCAACUCUGCCGCCUGUGAUACUGUUCUUCCUCUUUGAUUUGUCUCCACCCCGCAUCCGCCAUGUCGAUCGUCCAAACGUACGAUGGGCUGGAAGGUCGAUGACACAUGGCUAUGGCUCGGCCUCGGUGCCUUCACAUUCGUUGCAGUUCAAGGCGUCGCAUAUGCGCUCCGCGACGUCAGCAAUCUGACGCGGAUACGAGAAGUUCCCCAGCGGCAAACAUGGGCUAUAUCGCAGGAGACGGAAGAUGCGCUGGAUAGCAGAUCGCUUGCUGUGCUCGCCGAGAGCCACGACCGCGCCACGAGCGAAGCGUACGAACUCAUCUUUCCCUCGCUAGCUGUCGAAGCCUGGCUCCAUCCACACGCAGACACACGAGUAUGCAAAUCAGAGCUGACAUCGACGGAACGAGCAGAGCAAUUCGCAUUCUCUCCGACCGAUUCUGUCGCGACCAGUCCGCUAUAACCUCUCUAACACGCGAUCUAUAUUCCACGUUGCCAGAGACGCGCGCACGUGGCCGCGUGCUGCUCAAGAUGAUCGAGCGCUACGCAUCCGACACAGGCUCCAUCCAAUUUCUCAUCGAUGCCCAGGCAUCGGAGCAGAUUGCGAGCCAGCUCCUAUCCCACGAUGACCUAGCGGGCCGACUGCGCGAGCAUGAAGAAAGUUUUGAAGAGCAAGAGCUUCGACGCAGGAGAAGGGAGGCAGUUGUAUUUCAUGAGGGAGGUGGACCGGUCAGUCAGGACGACAUUAUACAGCGAAGUGCGGACGGUGUGACUGCUGGGGCGGUAACUAGGAGCUCUGUGUAAACAGUGUAUAUACAGUAGGACCUUUGUGAGGCCACGAGCGGUUCUUGAUCCUUUAACAGACCAUGUUCAUUGUCAUGUGUUAGGAGGAGACCCCAUAAGGUUGAAUGACAUCUACAAAUCAAGAACGUGAGUUACUCUGCAUGUAUCAUUUACUUUCACUCUUUAUUCACAAUGAGGCUAUAUCAUGGAUGGAUC